AUGAAGCUGCUUGAUCUUAGCAAGGAACAAUUACGGUUGCGUCUCAACUAUUCAGAGGAGGAUGCUGACUUGGUUCGCAGUUUUCUCCACUCCGAACUUGGCUGGACCAGCGAAGACAAUGUCGCCUUCAACUGUCAAGUAAUCUCGCUCAUAUUUUUAGUUGUUCCACCCAUGAUCUUCCUCAUUGGUACGGUCGGUAAUUUACUGUCCUUCUCAGUGCUUUGCCGACGAUCGAUGCUUUAUCAUCCAUCCUACAUGUACCUUGCUGUGUUGGCCUUGGUGGACGAAGGCGUAUUGUGCUUCGGCCUACUCCGACGCUGGACAGACCGGCUAGCUGGUCACCGAUUGGAAGAGAGACACUGGGUUUUGUGCAAACUCCUGAACUACACUGGAGUUACAACAAGUUGCUUAUCAGCUUGGAUAGUUGUGGCCGUCACAGUGGAGCGCGCCUUGGUCAUUAAGUUACCAUUGCAUUCCGCCCAGUCCGACCGAGCAAAGCGCUCCAGAGUGAUUUUGCUGUGUAUGACUUUGGCAGUUUUCCUGAUUGGUAGUCACUUUUUUGUGACGAUCGACCUCGUUGAUACUACUUCUAUCAUCAGAGAUGAUUAUUUCACGCCAAACAAUGCUUUCCUUAUGAAUGGAUCUGUGACAUUAGGUAAACUGACGGCAAAAGAGAUGAUUGCUGCCUAUCACGUACAGCCAGCACAAAUUUGCGACUUUCGUGAACCGUUUUCCACAAACGGAGUUAAGCGUGCAUGGGUGUCUAUUGAUGCUGCCAUUUAUAGUUAUAUCCCAUUUUUGCUGAUCACAGUAUUCAAUAUAAUAAUUCUGACUAGUCUUCGUACUGCGAACAAGAAUCGAUCUGCCCUACUAGUGAACUCAACUCACGCUGCUCCGGCAAGUGUUAACCCCAGAAAUACUCCGUCAGUUAUGCAUCAAGGAUGGAAAUCGCUCACAAAUUUCCGCUCGUUCCGUGAAAGGCCAGUUGCAGCACCACCAAGAAAAGUGUGCACCUUCUGUGCUCAGUCGUUCCCCAUUGAUAGGUUUCAUGUUCCUCGCGAUUCCAAUGAAAUCCAGCAGUGGUUGCCGGUAAAUUGCUGCGAAACCCAUAAGUCAGAUGUUCCUUCAAUGCUGAGGCAUGACAAUUGGAGAGCUUUGCCACCACAAAGGCCUGUCAACAUCACAUUCCUUCCAUAUCGUAUUAAUGGAAUAGCCGUCAAAACCGUUAACAUUACACGCAAACAUGGUUACAGUAUGGCAACAGAAAUGCGCCAACUUACCAUCUUGUUACUCUUGAUGUCCGCAACAUUUUUGGUGACCACCUCUCCGGUAGGUUUGGUCAAGGGAAUGAUAACGUGGAAUAGCAUGGCGUCGGUAGGACUAGAAUGGAUGGACUGCAUUGCUGAACUUCUGAUGUACACUAAUCACGCAGCCAACUUUUACCUAUAUAUUGCAGUCGGCUCGCGGUUCCGCAAAGAACUGAGGGGCCUUUUUGCCUGCAGACAACGCAAGAAACAGAGACAAUAA